AUGGUACCCAAUGACAGCCAUCAGUAUAUGGGGAUAAUCAAUUUACUGAAGUAUUUUGGAUGGACAUGGGCUGGACUUUUUGUUGCAGAGGGUGACGAUGGAGAGAACUUUGUGCGGACCCUGGAAUCAUUGCUUUCCGAGCAUGGAAUUUGUUCAGCCUUCAACCAAAAAAUACCACAAAUAGGCCCGAUAGAUAAGCUGACUGAAACAAUUGGUAUGCUCAGGCAUAUUUCUCUCUCUUUAGCCAAUGAUAAAAUCAGUGCAUUUAUACUCUUUGGAGAAUCUUUGACCAUUAUAUGGAUGAGAUCUAUUAUAUUUCUACGUGAGUUUGAAAAUAAGGAAAGCUCACCAUUUAGGAAGGUAUGGAUCAUAACAACCCAAAUUGAUUUCAUAGUAAAGGAUCUUGAGCUCUUUCAAGGGGCAAUUUCUUUCACAAUUCACUCAAAAGAGGUUCUAAAAUUCAAUGAAUAUCUUCAGAACUUAAAACCUGAUAAAACAGAAGGAGAUGGUUUUCUGCAAGAGUUCUGGGAGGAUGCAUUUGAAUGUACAUUCCCAAACUCCCGUGUGCCAGUGGAAGGCAAUGAACUAUGUACUGGGGAAGAGAGGCUGGAGAGCCUUCCUACGACUCAGUUUGAGAUGGGCAUGACUGGCCAAAGCUACAGUAUCUACAAUGCUGUCUAUGUUGUGGCUCAUGCUUUGCAUGCCAUGUACUCAAGCAGAUUGAAGCAGAAAGCAAUGGUCUGGGAUAAGAAUUUGAACUUCAAGACCAACCGUCUUUGGAGGGUCUGCUCACUCCACUCUUAUCUUUCUGGCAUUAUAUUCAACAAUUCAGUUGGAGAAACUCUGAGCUUCAAUGGUAAAAAGCAAAUGGGAGGUUUAUUUGACAUCAUGAACAUAGUUACAUUCCCCAACAAGUCCUUCCUUCGAGUGAAAGUUGGACAAGUGGGUGACGAUGCUCUUGAAUCAAGAAAAAUCAUCAUUCAUGAGGACAUGAUAACAUGGCACAAGGGUUUUAACCAGGUGGUGCCUAUUUCUGUGUGCAACGACUGCUGCUCCCCUGGUCAUCAGAAGAAAAGGAAGGAAGGAGAAAAAUUUUGCUGCUAUGAUUGUGCUCCAUGUCCAGAAGGGAAAUUUUCAGACCGUAAUGAUAUGGAUGACUGUUUCAGAUGCCCAGAAUACCAAUAUCCAAAUAGGAACAAAAAUGGAUGCAUCUCCAAAACAAUCACCUUUCUUUCUUAUGAAGAACCCUUAGGGAUCAGCUUAGCCUCAAUUGCUUUUUCUUUCUCCAUUGUCACAACUUUUGUGCUUUUAGUUUUUGUGAAGCACAGAGAUACACCUAUUGUCAAAGCCAACAACCGAGACCUCACCUAUACUCUCCUCAUCUCUCUUCUGCUCUGCUUUCAAUCUUCUUUGCUAUUCCUUGGCAAACCUGGGGAAGUGGCCUGCCUUCUCAGACAACCUAUUUUUGGCAUCAUCUUUUCCAUGUCUGUUUCUUGUGUGCUGGCCAAAACUAUUACUGUAGUUGUAGCUUUCAUGGCCACCAAACCAGGGUCCAGCAUGAGGAAGUGGGUGGGGAAAAGACUGGCCAACUCCAUUGUCCUUUCCUGCUCCCUCAUUCAAGCAAGUCUUUGCACUCUCUGGUUGGCCACUACUCCUCCAUUCCCAGAUUUAGACAUGCACUCACUAAUGGAAGAAAUCACUGUGCAAUGCAAUGAAGGGUCUGUGACUAUGUUUUCCUGUGUUUUGGGCUACUUGGGCCUCCUGGCUUUCUUCAGCUUCCUGUCAGCAUUCCUCGCCCGCAAAUUACCUGACACUUUCAAUGAAGCCAAGUUCAUUACUUUCAGUAUGUUGCUGUUUUGCAGUGUUUGGCUGUGCUUUGUCCCUACCUACCUGAGCACCAAAGGGAAAUACAUGGUGAUGGUGGAGAUCUUCUCCAUCUUGGCCUCCAGUGCUGGGUUACUGGGCUGCAUCUUUGCCCCUAAAUGCUAUAUUAUCAUGCUGAGGCCUGAGCUCAACAACAGAGAACAACUAAUAAGGAGAAAGAAUUAA